AGAAUGGCAAGAUGUUGCAGAAAGGACAUAGGCUCAGUUCAACAUAGUUUGACGUUUGAAGUAGAAAAUCCAAAGAGAACCCUCAUGUAAUAAAAAGAACCGUAUGGAACAACCGUUAUGCAACAAAUUCCUGAUGAACGUUGGCAAAGGAAGUGGCCCAUGAGGUUUAAGAGCUAGAAACAGGAAUUAUUUGAGGAGAACUCUUGCUUUCUUUUGAUCAUCUUUGUGUUACUGGAUUGACAUAGAAAAUGGCGGGUGUGAGUAGCUGCAUGAAGUACUCCAUGUUCAUCUUCAACUUUAUUUUUUGGGUGUGUGGUUGUAUUAUUCUGGGAGUCUCUAUCUGGCUGCGUGUAAGCAAAUCUGCUCAGGAAGAAUUAAACAUCGAUGACAGCUUUUUUUCUGGCAUUUACCUUCUUAUCGCUGUGGGUUCCAUCAUCAUGGUGCUUGGUUUUCUGGGUUGCUGUGGAGCCAUAAAGGAAAGCCAGUGCAUGCUUCUACUGUUUUUCAUAGGGUUACUCCUGAUCCUUCUUCUCCAGAUUGUAGCAGGCAUAUUGGGAGCAGUAUAUCAGUCAAAGGCUGAAAGUGCCAUGAGCAACUCCUUCCAAGGUAUUGUGGAUCAACUGAAAACAAAUAUAACAUUUCAACAAAAAUUUCGUGAAUUUGAGAAAAAGAACAAAUGUUGCGGUUUAGGUAAUGGAGAAAAGGACUGGGAUUCAAGUGCUAGUGUUAAAGAUGGCUGUUUAUGUCUUAAAGAAGAUGAAGGGGGCAGUGAUUGCUCCUCAACUGGUAAAAAGAUAUACACCAAGUCAUGCAGAGAUGUAAUUGUGGAUUUCUUCAAAAGCCACAUGGUCAUACUCAUGGGGAUAGCAUUUGGAUUUGCAUUUAUUGAGAUUUUUGGUCUGGUAUUUUCAAUGAGUCUUUACUGCCAAAUCCAGAGAAAAUGAAACCACAGAAGUGUCAGAACUCUGUUACCAGCCAAAUUAAAAACCUUUGUAGAUUGCAAGAUUGAUGUUUGGUUUGGCACUCUGCAAAAAGUUCAUAUAUGUCAGAAACAGCUGCAAUGAUAACAGCUGGACCACUUCUUCAUGAGUUGUGAAAUAAAAUCUGCUUAAAAUUAGGAAAAUUAAUGAUCUGUAGCUGGAUUUUAAAACUGCAAAUGCCCACCUCUUUGUUUAUACUUGCUAAGUGCCUCCCCAAGAGUACAUGUCAACAAAAUAAAACAUUUACUUUGCCACCCAUUGUGUUGACAUUUCACAGUGUUUCUCAGAAUUCUGAUAGAGCCAUUUAAAUUGGGGAGAUGCUUCAUUCUUACAUUUGUAAAGGUGUAUUUUUAAAUGUCUGGGAAUAAAAAUCUGA